AUGCAUUUAAUGACAUGGAUGCGUAUUUCGCAGCCAAAAGUAUGGGAACGUGCAUUGAUAACUCUUGUUCAAGGUGUUUUCUAUAAUGCUUUUUUUGCUUUAUAUCUCUUUAGUCCAAAAACUGCCCAUCGAGUAGUUGGAUAUCUUGAGGAAGAAGCGGUUGUCAGUUACACUUCAUUUCUGAAUGAAAUUGAUAAUGGUAACAUUGAAAAUCUUAAACCAGUUCCAGAUAUUGCUAUUGAUUAUUGGCAUUUAGAUCCUGAAAAUGCCACAUUACGUGAUGUAGUACUUGCAGUUCGCGCUGAUGAGGCUGCACAUCGUGACACAAAUCAUCAUUUAGCCGAUCGCGUUAUUUUAGGAAGGGAGGAUUUACGUGAAGAUAUUAAGAAAAUAUUUGAUGACAGUGAGGAGAGUGGUAGAGCACGUAGAAUGGCUGGGGUUAAUCAAAAUGCUCAAGAUAAAUGGAAACGCUAG